GCCAAAUAGUUAUCUUGUUGGACUGGUUAUAUAAAUGACUCAGUGGCUCAGAGGUCAAAAGCAGAGCUGAGGAGUUAAGGACAGCAUUCCUUCCUAAGAGGGAAACCUGCCUGAACGCUGAUCCCUAUUACUCACUCUUUCAAGGCUGCAUCUUUCCUCUCUCCAGGUGUUUCAACCCUCCCAAGUUUCAUAAUCUCUUUUCAAGCACUAACAAUCAGAACGCCAAGGGGCUGCUGCUGCCUGCACUAGCAGUUCUUCAUCCUAUCCCACUGCCUGUCAGAAAUUCAGAAUGGAAUGCUUUAAGAAUCUCUAUAGCCUUUUAGUUCUUCUUGGUGCGCAUCUGGUGCGUGCAGUGUAUGGAACAACAGUGGUUCCCCUUUGUCAGCCUGGUGAAUCUUUAGAGAACUGCACAACAGCCAUGGUGCAAACAACCCAUAGCCCAAUAGUGGUACCAGUGAAAAUAGGCAGGUGUCAACAGGAAAUGGAGAGUUACUGUUGGAAUGGGCAGUGCAUGUACCUUGUGGACCUUGAUGAACACUAUUGCAGGUGUGAAAAGGGAUAUACUGGAAUUCGCUGUUCACACGCUGAACUUGUCUAUCAGCCUAUAAACGAGGAGUAUCUGGCAAUAAUAGUAUUCUUGUCCUCUUUACUGCUUUUGGCAGUUGCAGUGGCUGCAUUAUUUGCAUACAAAUGGUACAAGACGAAAAAAGCUGAACUUCCUCGCAAUGAAUAUAAAGAAGUCACCAUCCAGAGUUUAUAGAAUUUUCUGUUGCAUUCAUUUCUAUUUUUUUAACAGUUCAUUAUUUAUUCUGCUUAAUAUUUUACAUGGUUUGUUAGGGCAAAGCCAAUGUUCGAAUAUGCUUACUGUUAAUUGUAUGUGUAUAUAUAUAUUUAUAUAAAUAUAUAUUUAUACGUCUUACAACAUGUAAAUGCCUUGUAUGUAAUUUUUUUAACAACAUGAAUUUUU